CGCCAGCAGUGAACUGGCUCAUCCACCAUCGCCUUCAGUACGAUUACUAACACACUGUACGAUCAAAACGGACUGUCACAUUGUUAAUAAACAAAUCCAUUUUCCUGCGCAACCGCGGGCUCUUCCUAGUAGCCGAAAGCAGUUCUUAUUCCCCCCCUCAGGAGCCGCCGUCAGGCUGACGUGGAACCUGCUUCCAUAAACCUAUUCUCUCCAACUUGGUCACCAUGGCAACUGAGGAGAAGAAACCAGACACAGAGGCUACUAAAACACAACCGGCAUCUGCUGCCUCUGCCAGCCAGAGUAAGUCAGCACCUGCGAAGCCAAACUACACUUUGAAAUUCACAUUGGCUGGACAUACAAAAGCAGUCUCUUCCGUCAAGUUUAGUCCAAGUGGGGAGUGGCUUGCCAGCUCAUCUGCUGAUAAGCUGAUCAAAAUCUGGGGAGCAUAUGAUGGGAAGUUUGAGAAGACGAUAUCUGGACACAAACUUGGCAUUUCGGAUGUGGCCUGGUCCUCGGACUCUAACCUUCUAGUCUCAGCUUCUGAUGACAAGACCCUAAAGAUCUGGGAUGUGAGCUCUGGCAAAUGUUUGAAAACUUUGAAGGGCCACAGCAACUAUGUCUUUUGCUGCAACUUCAACCCUCAGUCCAACCUGAUCGUUUCUGGAUCCUUUGACGAGAGCGUGAGGAUUUGGGAUGUUAAAACGGGGAAGUGCCUGAAGACCCUGCCCGCUCACUCUGACCCUGUCUCUGCAGUUCAUUUCAAUAGAGAUGGCUCAUUGAUUGUGUCCAGCAGUUAUGACGGACUUUGUCGUAUCUGGGACACAGCAUCAGGCCAGUGCCUUAAAACACUCAUCGAUGAUGACAACCCACCUGUGUCCUUUGUGAAGUUCUCUCCCAAUGGCAAAUACAUUUUGGCUGCCACACUGGAUAACACUUUGAAACUUUGGGACUACAGCAAAGGAAAGUGCUUGAAAACAUACACCGGUCAUAAAAACGAGAAAUACUGCAUAUUUGCAAAUUUCUCUGUCACUGGUGGAAAGUGGAUUGUCUCUGGCUCAGAGGACAACAUGGUCUAUAUCUGGAACCUUCAGACCAAGGAGAUCGUACAGAAACUACAGGGACACACAGAUGUGGUGAUCUCGACCGCCUGCCACCCCACAGAAAACAUCAUCGCAUCAGCAGCACUAGAAAAUGACAAAACGAUCAAACUUUGGAAGAGCGACUGCUAAGCCUUAGGCUUAUUUUACUUUAUUAAGAUUUUUAUUUUAUUUUGUACUGUUCAUUUUUUUUUGGGGGGGGAGAGAGAAAAGAGACUUGUUUUUCAUUUUGAAAGAUUGCGCUGGGGCCAAUCAUACUGACAUCAAGGCUUGGCAAGAGGGCUGGUGGAGCACUCAACCCUAAAAUGCCCACUCCUAACCCAGCACCCCUUUUUCUCAGCUCACGUGCACUAAAAUGAUCACUCUUUAUCUGCCUUACUGCAAGCUCUCAUUCAUCUUCAGUUUAAGCCAGCAUUUCCACAGCUCACGUCCAACAAACUUAUAAACAGUUGACUUGACCUGUAAAUCCAGGCAUCUUUGUUUCUCCACUGAUCUAGUAGAACAAAGAGAGCUUUCCUGUCUGUUUUUGUUUGGUUUGUUGCUUUGUAAGUUGUAGAAUGACACUUUUCUGUCCAAUGGUGAAUUGCUCCCUUCUUGAAGUCAGCAAAAAAGACUUGGGCACAUCUUAAGUGGCCAUUUUAACAGAAAUGUCCUGAGCAUUACAAUUUUCUCUCUGUAUUUGUGGCAUCCUCAAGCGAAGAUAUAUUUACAUGAGGGUUUUACAGCUCCAGUCCUUCAUUUGCCCAAAGGAAGGUUCGCCUGGAUUGGGUGUCCCAAAUACCAACAGUAUUGUUACUUGGCAAUGUCAGAUCAAACCUUCACAUAUGAAAUGCAUUUUCUGGCUAAGGGAAGUUUUGAAUGGUGCCGCUUCACUAUUUCACAUAUUUCUGUACAGUACAAAACAUGCAAUGUAAGCAGAAAUUAAAAUGAUUCAUUGUAUUGUAGUUGCAAAGCUAGUUGUCAGACAUUGUUUUUGGUUUUCAGUGUCUCAAUGUCAUCUUGGCAGUGCUAACAAUAACACUUCUUUUUUCCUUUGUCAAAGAGGCUUAAUGAAGUUAAGAGUAUGCCAAAAGUAGAUUAGAGAAACUUCGCUAUAUUCCUGCAGCUCUGUUUAAGUAAAUAUUACUACCUAAAACACAAGUCAGUUUCGGUGCUUAUGAGAAAUGAAACUGUAUUAUACAUCAGGGACGGGGUUGCGGUUUGGUCAAAGCAUAAUAUAAAUAUGCUUUUUGAGUCACAGUCAAUUCAACAAUGAAACAAGUCUUACCUUUUUACUUGCAGCGCAAUGAACUUAACACUUUGUCUCCAACUGUUAUGUUAUUUGGUUUCGAUUACUCAACAUAUGCAAGGUUUGCCAAUUUGAAGAGGACUGCUUUAAACUAAAUAUGCCAUGACCAUAUACAGUAUCUUGUGACCAAAUGCAGAGUUUGGUUGUUAGAGCCGUGAGAUGUUUUCUGUACCUUACACUUUGUAAAUAUUUGCAGCUUCUCUGUUCUUUGAUAUGUUUACCUCUGUUCUGUGGUCUUAUUAACUGUGCCUCAAGUAGCUGAUAGUACAGUUAGUGUUAGUAUCACUGCAGUGAUAAGGGCCGCACAAGGAUUUCUAUCUGUAUUGCAUUUAGUCACUUUGGACAUGACCUGUGACUUAAUAUUUUUAUUUUAUUUUUUACCUGUACACAAUGUCAUCAUUAAAACCAUACCAUACAAA